AUGCGAGGACUUUAUGCUGUUUUACUCUUUUUCAUCUUUGUCUGCUGCAUCAGUGCUAAGAAGAUGCGGUGGUGCACAGUGUCAGAUCCUGAACAGAGGAAGUGUGCAGAACUAGCUAAAGCUCUGGUGGCAGUGCUACCUCCAGCUGCUGUGGCAGCUUUUGCCAGACUCUCGUGCAUACGUGCAACCAGCACGACUGACUGCAUCGAUAAGAUCAGGGCAAACCGUGCUGAUAUAGUGACAUUAGAUGCAGGAGAAGUUUAUUCUGCCGUGAAGCAGUUCGGCCUCGUUGCCAUCGCCAAGGAGAUAUACCGUGACGGAGGCUGCAUUCUGUCUGUGGCUGUGGUGAGAAACAGCAGCUUGGACAUACGAUCCCUGCAGGGCCACAAGAGUUGUCACAAUGGGGUUCGAUGGACAGCUGGAUGGAGUCUUCCUCUCGGCUUCCUGCUGUCCCGAAACUACCUGAGCUGGUCAAAGGAACAGCCGCUCAGUCAGGACGUCAGUACCUUUUUCAGUGCCAGCUGUAUUCCUGGAGCUGCUUCCAUGGCACCUCCUCUGUGCGCUCUGUGCCAAGGCCAGAAGUCUUACAUUCGCCAGAAGAAUUACAACUGCGAAACGUCCCACAGUGAGCCCUUCUACAACAACCAGGGAGCCCUCAGAUGUCUCAGGAGCGGGGCAGGGGAUGUUGCAUUUGUGGACCAUUUAGCCCUUGAAAGUAUUGAUGAGAGUGAGAGCAAUGAGUUCAGGUUACUGUGUACUGAUGGCACACAGGCUCCUCUCAGCCACUACAGAGACUGUAAUCUGGGACGCGGUCCGGGAGGGGGCAUGGUCACCAGAUUCAGCUUUCGCAAGGUUGCUCGCAAAUUUCUAGUGACCAUGCAGAUGCUGUUUGGCCAACGAGGGAGAGAGAGGCAGCGCUUCCAGCUCUUCAACUCAUUCACUUUUGGGGGACACGAUCUUCUCUUCAGAGAUGUGACAGAUAAACUCGCUAUUCUGCCAGAUGACAUGGACGUCAGUCAGGUGCUGGGGCUCGAUUAUGUGGCUCUCCUCAAAGGGCUCGGACAUGAAGGAAGCUCUCUGGAGGACAGUGUUGUGCGAUGGUGCUGCAUCAGCCAUGCAGAGCAGAAGAAAUGUGAACAGUGGGCUCUCAGUAUUAAGUCAGACCCGCUUGUGUGUAUCAGAGCGGUCUCAAUGCGUGACUGUAUCGAGAAAAUUAAGAAGGACGAGGUGGACGCCGUCUCGCUGGAUGCAACUCACUCAUUCAUCGCUGGGAAAUGUGGUCUUGUCCCUGUAGUAACUGAAUAUUACGGAAGAAAAUGUGCGCUUGCUGACGGAUCAACUCACUUAGAGACAGAUGUGUUGCCCUCAGUGGUGGGUGUAGCUGUUGCAAAGCGCUCCAGCAGAAACGUAUUCAUCGGAAACCUCGGAGGGCGUCGCUCCUGUCAGGGCCACAUGUACAGCCCCGCGGGCUGGCUGCUGCCCUACAGGCACACUUUAAGCCUUGAGCAGAACGGCAGCUCCCCCUGUGAUCCAAACCGAGUAUACAACAAGGUGUUUUGGAAAGGCUGUCUUCCUGGCUCUCAGGGGAAUCUGUGUAAAGUGUGUAUGGGAGGCACCGGGGAGGCUGCAACCAAACGCUGCGCUGACAACCACAAUGAGCGUUACUAUGGAAACAUGGGGGCUUUAAGGUGUCUGGUUGGAGAUCCCAGUGGAAAAAGCUACGGCGAUGUGGCCUUUGUUGAGCAGCACAACCUUCAGGCCAGCAUCCUCAGUUUGAGCUCCACUGGUUGGGCAGAAGGGUGGACGUCAUCAGACUUUGAGUUGCUGUGUGGCGACGGUCGCCGGGCCCCUUUGUCGGAGUGGGAGAGCUGUAACCUCGGAGUCAUCCCACCGAGCACCAUCAUGACACGGCCAGUGCUCACGGCACGAGUGUAUGACUUCCUCAUGAAGUCGCAGGAAACUUUGGCGGCCAACCCAAACACAGAGUUCAAGCUCUUUGAGUCUGAGCAAUAUGGAGAAAGCGAUCUGCUUUUUAAAGAUGCAACACAAUGUUUCGUCCACACGAGCCAUAUGGACUAUCGCUCCAUCCUCGGAGAGGAGUUUUACACUCACGCAGAAACUGCCUUCAACUGCACGCGCUCUGAUAUCUUGGAGUUUUGCAAUCAGGAGGUGUGCAGAAUAUUCUAACGGACAUAGAGAAGGAAACAACCUUUUAUGUGCUUCUCGCUGGUUAAACCCUUCAUACACAUAUUUAUUUCAUCCA